CGAGUCUGGAGUCUGGAGCAGAUCUGGGAGGAGCCUAGCCGCCGCUUUCACUGACGAGGCGGACGUCGCCCAGUCUAGCCGCCUUCCGACUGAUCCCACCGUCCCUGCAUGUCACUGCCAAGAGCACGCCGGCGACGGCAAGCGUGCCGUGCGCGCGCCCUGGUGGGUGGUGGCCGCGGCCGCCCGACCUCGAUCCCUCCCAUACGGCGUGGCGCAUCUUCGUUUGGUCCUGAAUGUGUUUCAGGUGGAGGCCAACCAUGCUCGACCGACCAAUGGCAUCGCCGUUGCACAAGGAGUCGCUCUGCAUCACUGCACCAUGGAAUUUGAUUUGGUUGCCUUUGGCGAGGACCGCAGGUGACAGCACAAGUAUCAAGAAUGGAAUAUACUACCCGAUUACCUUACGGUUCGAUUCCAUUUAUGUAAUGCCUGAAGUUCUAUAUUGCUUAAACAAAACGGAACAGACAUAUUCUUCUGUACGAAAAAAACAAAGAAGCAAAGGAGAUUGGGAGAAAAGAAAAGGCCACAGAGUGGAUCAGCAUCGACACGACACUAUCUGCGAGAGCAAGCGGGGAACCAUGAAUGCUUUGGCAAGAGGAAAGCUGAGAGAUGCCAAAUUAAAGCUCGUGCCGUUACCAUUACACCACCCCAUCUUCUGAAACACAAAUAUAGGUCUUGCUCUAUCUCUUGCAGCCAGGGCUCUACCACAUGACAGAGUGAAAUUGUAUUUUGUUUCAAGCAAGAACGUGAGUGAUUGUGUAUGUUCACCCUCACUGGAUUUCUUGGACAUAACUGCUAUUUUCUCUGAAAGUGUUGUGCGCUCCUCCUCGACUCGAUUCGCCGUUGGUGGCUCUAGAGGUUCUGAGCAAGAUGAUGGGGUGAUAUAUCUUCAGAUGUAGGAUUGAAUUUCACUGAAUAUAACUUCUAUGUUAUCCGGAAGUCUUAAUUAGUUCACUCCUCCUCAACUCGAUCUGCAGUCUCGCAGCUCUAGAGGGGGUGGAGAAAUUUGCAGCUGAUGGGUUAGAUUAUAUAUCAUGGCCUUCUUCUGCUGAUAUUAGCUUUCUGUCGAGAACUUCAACAUGUAUGAACUUCGAACUCAGCACUACUUGGAUUUUGAUGACGCCGUCAAAAAAUUGGCUGGCCUUUUGCGUGAAAGCUAUGGUACUGCAGAAGGCAAAACUAAACUACUUGUCCUUUAUCACUCGUACGCCAGAUUUUCUAGAACAUCAGUUGUUCUUGGAGCUAUAGCCAAACUCCUAAAAUCCACAGUAUGUGAUGUUUCUGACACGACAAAGCAUUUUAGCAGAAUUGUCUAUGUGGACCGCUCCUUGUGUAGAAACACAAGGACCAUGCAAAGGGCAAUCGUGGAGGAGCUGAACCUUGGCCAUGUAAUGAACUUAUUUGACAAGCAAGAUGAAGAUGAUGAUUUCAGAGGUGUGGAUGACAGUCUUCGAAAAGAGAUAUCAAGUAUUGGAAGUUUGAUUAAUGAGUCUCUAAGAAAUGAAAGGUUUCUGGUGAUUUUUUACCAUGGAGAAGUUGAAGAAAUGGAUCUGGUAAAUUGUGGCAUUCCUCUUUUUGGUAAAGGUGUACUGUUAUGCUCUCCUGGUGGCUUAUUUCAGGUCGAACAGCGGGACUAUAAGAUGUCCAUUUUUCAUAUGAUUUACAUUUUUAUGGGUUCCAACCCUAGCACAGAUACUGGUACACAAACCCACCAUAUAUUGCUCAAAGAAGCUGCUGGAGUGAUUCGUGACACCGGUAUAGAUGGCAUUAACCCAGAAAUAGUUUUGGAUUGCUUCUUGUACUCACUGUUCCUGACAACACAACUACUUAAAAGCUCUAUUGGUGUUGAGUAUGAUUGGGCUACUCAUGCUUGCAACUACUGGAUUUGUGAUGGAAUCGUUGGAGGUGAAAGGACUUGGGAGAUUGGUAAUGCCCUGUAUGGGGCGAUACCACAGUUGAGCAAUUCUACGGAUAACACAAGACUUUUGGCAUCCUAUUUGAAUGGAAGAAAAAAUUCCUAUAAAGGCUGGUAUUCAGUCACCUCCAACAAAUGCGGAGGAGAUCAUAUCCCUAAUGUCCCUCAUAACGCAUCAUCUUAUUUCCUAACAUUUGAGGGAGAUGAUCCAGUAUAUGUAUGUAAUGAUUUGUUUCAAGUAGCCAACAACCUCCGUGUGCUAAAACUCUGCAACUGCAGCUUCAAUUUUGCAUUCCCUCCUUUCCAGUGCUGCCGCAACCUAAGAUUCCUUUUUAAACAGAAGGCCCUUGGUCCGGCUUUAUAUAUAAAGCCAUCACGGCAACCACCACCACAUAGUAGCGAUACAACACACACCCAACAUAAGUCUGAUGCCUCUAAAGUACUGAUGCCAUAA